UCUCCACUCUCCGUUCCGCGCCUCUCUGCUCUUCGCCUCUUCCCUCCUCCCAAAUCCCAAACCUCUCGAGCCCGCUCCGCCGCCGAGCAAAACCCUAGCCGCUCCUCGCCUCCGCCGAGAUGGACGACAGCCUCUACGACGAGUUCGGCAACUACAUCGGCCCGGAGCUCGCUGACUCCGACGCCGACGAUGACUCGGACGCCGGCGGCGCCUCCCCGUCCCCCUCCGCAUCGCGUUCGCCGUCCCCCGCCGCGCGCUCCCCGUCGGGAUCCCCCUCCCGCCCGGCCGCGCUCAUGGACGUCGACGAGGAGGAGGACGGGGACCCGUCACAGCAGGCCGUGGUGCUCGCCGAGGACAAGAAGUACUACCCCACCGCCGAGGAGGUGUACGGGCCGGGCGUGGAGGCGCUCGUUAUGGACGAGGACGAGCAGCCGCUGGAGCAGCCCAUCGUCGCGCCGCCCCGCGUCGUGAAGUUCGAGGUCGGGACCCGCGCCGCGGCCACGUCCACCUACGCGUCCACCGACUUCCUCCUGGGGCUCGCGGGGAACCCCGCGCUGGUGCGCAACGUCGCCCUCGUCGGUCACCUCCAGCACGGGAAGACGGUGUUCGUGGACAUGCUCGUGGAGCAGACACACGAGGUGGACACGUUCGACUCCGAGGGGGAGCGCCACGUGAGGUUCACAGACACUAGGGUGGACGAGCAGGAGCGGCAGGUCUCCAUCAAGGCCGUGCCAAUGUCGCUCGUGCUCGAGGGGGGAAAUGGCAAGUCAUACCUGUGCAAUAUCAUGGACACGCCAGGGCAUGUCAACUUCUCCGAUGAGAUGACUGCGGCACUGCGGCUUGCGGAUGGGGCUGUGCUUGUUGUUGAUGCUGCUGAGGGAGUAAUGGUUAAUACCGAGAGGGCGAUUCGUCAUGCAAUCCAAGAAAGGCUUCCCAUUGUUGUUGUGAUUAACAAGGUUGACCGAUUGAUAACAGAACUAAAGCUGCCUCCAAAUGAUGCAUAUUUCAAGUUGCGGCAUACUCUGGAGGCAAUUAAUGAUCUUAUCUCAUCAUGUUCUACUACAGUAGGUGGCACUCAGCUGGUGGAUCCUGUUGCUGGAAAUGUAUGUUUUGCAAGUGGUGCUGCUGGCUGGUCUUUUACCUUACAAUCUUUUGCUCAUCUUUAUUUAAAGAUUCAUGGGAUUCAAUUUGAUCAUGAGAAAUUUUCAUCGCGCCUAUGGGGAGACUUGUAUUUUCACCCUGAUUCGAGAACCUUCAAAAAGAAGCCGCCAAAGGAAGGAGCUAAUAGAUCAUUUGUUGAGUUUAUCCUUGAGCCUCUGUACAAAAUAUAUAGUCUGGUUGUCGGUGAGCAGAAGGGGAAUGUUGAGUCAAAGCUUGCUGAAUUGGGCGUCACCCUGAGCAAUGCAGCUUAUAAGCUGAAUGUUAGGCCUUUGCUGAGGUUAGCUUGUCGCUCAAUUUUUGGCUCUGCUACUGGUUUUACGGAUAUGUUAGUGAAGCAUAUACCCUCUGUGAAGGAUGCUGCCGCAAGGAAGAUAGACCACAUAUACACUGGCCCACAAGAUUCCUCUAUUGUGGAUGCUAUGAAAAAAUGUGAUCCCAAUGGACCCCUUAUGGUUAAUGUAACAAAAUUAUAUCCUAAGUCUGACUGCAGUGUCUUUGAUGCCUUUGGACGAGUUUAUAGUGGUACGAUACAGACAGGACAGACUGUGAGGGUCCUUGGAGAAGGCUAUUCUCCAGAUGAUGAAGAGGAUAUGACUGUUAAAGAGGUGACCAAAUUGUGGGUUUAUCAGGCACGGUAUCGUGUUGCAAUUAGUAAAGCACCUGCUGGUUCUUGGGUUCUUAUUGAAGGUGUAGAUGCAUCAAUCAUGAAAACUGCCACAAUAUGUCCAAUGAACAUUGAUGAAGAUGUGUACAUAUUUAGACCUCUGCGGUUCAACACCUUGCCUGUUGUAAAAAUAGCAGCUGAGCCUCUUAACCCGAGUGAGCUUCCUAAGAUGGUGGAAGGUCUUCGUAAAAUCAGCAAGAGCUAUCCUCUUGCUAUUACUAAGGUAGAAGAGUCUGGAGAGCAUACUAUACUGGGGACUGGUGAGCUAUAUCUGGAUUCUAUAAUGAAGGACCUCAGAGAGCUUUAUUCAGAGGUCGAGGUGAAGGUAGCAGAUCCUGUUGUUACAUUUUGUGAAACAGUUGUUGAUACUUCUUCGAUGAAAUGUUUUGCUGAAACACCGAACAAGAGGAACAAAAUUACUAUGGUUGCUGAACCACUAGAGAAGGGCUUGGCAGAAGAUAUUGAGAAUGGCCUUGUUAACCUUGAUUCCAGACAGAAAGAAAUCACUGACUUCUUUCGCCAGCGCUACCAGUGGGAUGUACUUGCAGCAAGGUCAAUAUGGGCUUUUGGACCUGACAAGCAGGGUCCUAACAUUCUUCUGGAUGACACACUUUCAGUUGAAGUGGACAAGAACUUUCUCAAUUCAAUCAAAGAUUCAAUUGUUCAGGGGUUUCAGUGGGGUGCUAGAGAAGGUCCUUUGUGUGAUGAGCCAAUAAGAAAUGUGAAAUUCAAGAUCUUACAUGCAAACAUAGCUCCAGAACCAUUGCACCGUGGUGGUGGUCAGAUAAUCCCCACAGCACGUCGUGUUGUCUAUUCUGCAUUCCUUAUGGCUAAUCCUCGCCUUAUGGAACCUGUGUAUUAUGUUGAGAUCCAAACACCAAUUGACUGUGUCUCUGCUAUUUAUACGGUGCUAUCCCGGCGACGUGGUCAUGUAACAGCUGAUGUACCCAAGCCAGGCACUCCUAUAUACAUAGUCAAGGCAUUUUUACCUGUUAUAGAGUCUUUUGGAUUUGAGACAGAUCUCAGAUACCAUACACAGGGGCAAGCAUUUUGUGUGUCAGUAUUCGAUCACUGGGCUAUUGUUCCUGGUGAUCCUUUAGACAAGAGUAUUGUCCUUCGCCCUCUGGAACCAGCACCAAUACAGCACCUUGCCCGAGAGUUCAUGGUAAAGACCAGGCGAAGGAAGGGCAUGAGUGAGGAUGUGAGCAUCAGCAAAUUCUUCGACGAGGCCAUGAUGCACGAGCUGGCUCAACAGGCUGCUGAUCUCCAUAUUCAAAUGUAGUUCGAAAGCGAGAUUAGAUGUGCUUGGUUGACCAAGCUGGAUCCAAGAUGGUCACACUUGAGAAGAUGCAAAUGAGUCAUCGGCAUUUUUAUUGCAGAUGGAAAGCUAGAAUCGCUCCUCUCUUCGGAAGUUCCAAUCGCACCUCCAUGUGCUGUCAUUUGCCAGCGGCUGUUGCGCCUGGAUUUUUGUUUGAUAUCAUGUGGGGAGCGACCAUUGUAGGAUCGGGUACCAUGACCAAUCGUGUAUGUACGAUUUCUGUAGCAUCUACAUCAUCUAACGAACUAGCGCGACCCAUUGAGGGUUAAGAGAUUUUUUGUUUAAUGUGUUAACUCUGAGUGGCGAUGACAUCUUCGGGGAUGUAGACAUGCAGAGCAUAAGUGAGAUUUUGACUGGCUUGAUCCCUUUUCUUU